AUGGCCACAAAGGUGGAACCCCCAGUGGGGACUUGUCCACCGGGGAAGCACCAGUUCAUGCUGUGGCGAACACUGUUUGAGAUAGACGCCAAGUACACUCCGAUCAAGCCCAUUGGAAAGGGAGCUUAUGGCGUCGUGUGCUCAGCGAGAAACGCGGAUUCAGGGGAAAAAGUGGCCAUCAAGAAAAUCAGCAAUGCAUUCGAAAAUGCGACUGAUGCUCGUCGUACUCUCCGUGAAAUUAGGCUCCUUCGUCAUCUGUACCAUGAGAACAUCAUCGCAGUGAAGGACAUUAUGCCUCCUCCGGACAGGUUCACUUUCAAUGACGUGUACGUCGUGUAUGAGCUCAUGGAUACAGACCUUCACCAGAUCAUCCGGUCGUCCCAGGCUCUGACAGACGACCACUGCCAGUACUUUAUCUAUCAGCUUCUCCGCGGUCUCAAGUAUGUCCAUACGGCCAAUGUGCUGCAUCGAGAUCUCAAGCCCAGCAACCUCCUCCUCAAUGCCAGUUGCGACCUCAAGAUCUGCGAUUUCGGUCUCGCUCGCACGGGAAGCGAGAAGGGUUUCAUGACAGAGUAUGUCGUGACUCGGUGGUACCGUGCUCCCGAGCUGCUGCUUUCCUGCGACGAGUACACCUUCGCCAUUGACAUGUGGUCCGUUGGCUGCAUCUUCGCGGAGCUUCUGGGCCGGAAGCCGCUUUUCCCUGGAAAGGAUUACAUCCAUCAGCUGAAGCUGAUCAUCAACCUGAUUGGUUCGCCUGACGAAGACGACCUUCAUUUCAUCUCCAGCCAAAAAGCUCGCAGCUACAUCCGUUCGUUGCCGUACACUCCCAGAGUCUCGCUCUCUCGCCUCUACCCCAGGGCCAACCCUCUGGCCAUCAACUUGAUUGAGAGGAUGCUUGUGUUCGACCCGAACAAGCGUAUCACUGUGGAAGAGGCUUUGGAGCAUCCGUACCUGUCCAUGCUUCAUGAUCCUGCUGUGGAGCCGUCUGCUCCGGCGCCGUUUGAGUUCGACUUUGAGGAUGAGGAUCUGAAGGAGGCCGCGUUGCGUGAAAAGGUAUGGCAAGAGAUGCUGUACUACCAUCCAGAGGUGGUCAGCAACAGCUAG